AUGGCAUCCCUUACAUCUUCAUGCCUUCUUUUCACCCUUUUUCUCACUAUCUCCAUUCUUCAGCUGAGUUCAGCCAGGAGACACACUGGCUCAGACACCCAAUUGCAAUUCCAAUACCACAAAGGCCCUCUCCUCACAGGCAAAAUCUCAGUUAACCUCAUUUGGUAUGGCAACUUCAAGCCUUCCCAAAAAGCCAUCAUCACUGACUUCAUCACCUCCCUCUCCUCUCCCAAACCCGUCACCGCCCAACCAUCCGUCGCCACGUGGUGGAAAGCCACUGAAAAGUACUACAAAAGCUCAUCCCCCAAACUCGCCCUUUCCCUGGGCUCUCAAAUCGUGGAUGAGAACUACUCCUUAGGCAAAUCUCUCACCACUAAUCAAAUCCUCAAGCUCGCAUCCAAGGGUCCACAGGCUAACGCAAUCAACGUCGUUCUCACAUCCGCCGACGUGGCAGUGGAAGGGUUCUGUUCCAGUAGGUGCGGAACUCACGGGUCCUCCGUGGGGGGGCGCGUGAACGGGAAGAGGUCCAAGUUCACGUACAUCUGGGUGGGUAACUCUGAAACCCAAUGCCCGGGUCAAUGCGCCUGGCCAUUCCACCAACCCAUUUACGGUCCCCAGAAUCCACCUUUGGUUGCACCCAACAACGAUGUUGGUCUCGACGGCAUGGUCAUCAACGUGGCUAGUCUCUUGGCUGGCACUGCCACCAACCCAUUCGGGAACGGGUACUUUCAGGGACCCAAAGAGGCUCCCUUGGAAGCUGGUUCCGCGUGCACUGGAGUGUAUGGUAAGGGCGCGUACCCUGGCUAUGCAGGGAACCUCUUGGUGGACCCCACGACUGGUGCCAGCUACAACGCCAAUGGCGUCAACGGAAGGAAAUAUCUGUUGCCAGCACUAGUUGACCCUAAGAGCUCAGCUUGUUCAACGCUCGUGUAA